GCCAGUUUAGUUUCUAUCCAAAUCUUAAGCUGUUAACACAACGUCAAUCAAUGUUUGUAGUAUGAGCGGAGAAAAAUUAGAUGCGAUUAUUUUCGGUGCAACGGGUUAUACGGGACAAAUUGUGGUGGAAGAUGCUAUUGAAAUUUUGAAAGAUUUCAAGUGGGGUAUUGCGGGUAGAAAUGAGACCAAACUCAAAGAAGUAUUGGAAAAAAUAAGUAAACGUACGAAUCGAGAUCUAAGUCAAAUUCCAGUUAUUGUGGCCGAUGUUGGAGAUGAAAAAUCCAUUGAGAAAAUGGCUAAAAUGUGUAGGAUCGUUCUCAACUGUUGCGGGCCCUAUUAUCUUUACGGAGAAAUUGUUGUCAAGGCAUGCGUCGAGGCCGGCACUCAUCAUGUGGACCUGAGCGGUGAGCCACAGUAUAUUUCGGCGAUGCAAUUGAAAUAUCAGGAUUUGGCCCAAUCGAGUGGAUCUUACGUGGUGUCGAACUGUGCUUUUGAAAGUAUUCCAGCCGAGUUGGGUGUUCUAUACGCUGAGAAGAAUUUUCCCGGAACUGUCAACUCUGUUGAGUUGUAUUGUACUCUCGAGCCGAACUAUCAGGAUACCACAUCGAAAGCUCUUCUUAAUAGCGGUACCUGGGACAGUGCCAUCUACAGCAUGCAAUAUGCCCGAGAAAUGUGGAGGUUGGAGAGAAAAUUGAAUAAGGAGAAACUGCCAAGAUUGAGACCCAAGUUGUGGAUGAAACCCUACGCCCAUAAAAUCGAAGGCAGCAAUAAAUACUAUGCUCCCUUUCCCAUCACUGAUCAACCGGUGGUGGAGAGAUCACAGCGAUUGUUUUAUGUUCAAGUUAAUAAAAGGCCCAUACAAUUCCAAAUGUAUAUCGGAUUUAAAUCGCUAUUUUUGGCUAUAGUAUUUCCACUUUUCCUACUGACCAUUGCCCUGAUGGCUCAAUGCGGCUGUACGCGCAAACUUUUGUUCAAAUACCCACAUUUCUUCACACGCGGUACAAUGACCCACGACGGACCAACUGAAGUGAAUCGGAAGGUUAAUGAAUUCAUAUACAUUCUGAAGGCAAAGGGCUGGACAACUGGUACCCCAGAAUCUGAAUCACCAAACAAGGAAGUGACGGUGCGUGCCUCUGGCAAGGACCCCUGUUAUGGUAUCACCAGCACCUGUUUGUUGAUGUGUGCCAAGGUCAUUUUACAGGAACACCAGAAAAUGCCCGGAAAUGGUGGUGUUUAUCCACCUGGUUUUGCAUUUGCCAAAACGCAAUUGCUCGACGAGCUUGGCCGCUGUAAAUCUGGUUUGAAAUUUGAAGUAUUGAAGCAAUAAAACAAAAAUGUUCGAAAAAAAAA